AUGGUCGACAUGAGGCUGUUACGGAUACAACUCACUAGCUGUGACCAACGCUCAUAUUUGCUGCCACUAGCUUUGCGACACAACCCGCGCCGCCGUGCUCCUCCGCUCGCUACCAUUGCUACAACCACCGAGCACAAGCGGGCUGUGCCAGUAUCAUUUUUGCGUUCCAUCCGACUAUAUGGAUACAGUAUCUUUACUUUCCUUCUUCCGCUAGGUAUCCGCAUGUCCCUGUUGAGGGACGCCCCCUUCGGCCCCUCGGUCAGACAAUCUGCCAUGCAGUGCUUGCUUUACUCUACCCUUGAGAAUGGGAACAGUGGCUGUCUGCCCGGUCUUACAGAUGCGGUCACAGGAGCUUUCGACUGCUCAGCUCCGUCGGGCUCAGCGGGCUUAUUUCUGAAGCUGCAGAAGCCUGACUGUGCCAGAACGCCUGUCCCUGCUCCCAGUCUCUGGUACCGUGGUCUCAAAGUCGGCAAAAGCCCCUGCUACCGUUGGUCUGUGGGCGGAAAUCGCUACAUCAUUCUGGACGAUCCAAGGUUUUGCCACCAGGCACCGCCCACCGCCCGCUCAACUUCAUCCCAAAGCUGUCAAACGAACGAACAUCCAGACAAAUCCGCUUCCUCCCCAUUUCUCUGCAUCUCCCGAGGUACUCGAAGUUUUACUCGGCACCCCAAUCCACGUAUCAACGCCAACAUUCCCAGAACGAAGCAAAAGUUGCAGCAGUCCGUCACCUUUGGCCUGCAAGAAAGGGAACGUCAUGAUUUGUUGACCGUGACGACCGCAAAGAUUUGCAGUCCCGCCGUCGAUGUUGACUCCCGUACGGCACCAUUCGGCACCACAAUGUUAGGAUCAAACAACGGAGACUCGGGGCCAUAUGCGUUGUGCAUCCGUACGAACCCGGCCACACUCUACUACGGAUACUUCGACUUUCCCAUCUCUUCUCGAGACCCGUGGAACUUCAGGAAGAGCACAACAAACCAGGCUCUUGAAUCGCCGCAGAUCGACAAACAGGCCGUGGUCCCCACUCGCUGUAUCAACCAUCGCCUAUUCAUUCUCUCUCGCUCUGGCUCCGCAACCGAAUUACGAGAAAUUCACCCACACGGUCUCGCUGCAGUAGAUCCAUAUGAAGGGGACGAAAUUCUCGCGACAAACUUCGCUGGCCGGCAUGUGAGGACGUACACACAGAGGUACUGUCUGGGGGCCAUGCGGUAUGCCACUAUCAGCUGCAGCAGGCCACAUGCAGCCUUGUUCGCCGUCGCAGGCCCCGUGUGA